GCUUCUGUCAUAGCAACGCAACGACAGUCUCGAGUUCACCAAAUCCCUUCAAGUUAUGAGUGAUAGCAUGGCGGCUAAUGCUGGGGGCGUGCGGGAAAGUCGGGACGUUUAAACAAUAUCACUAAAUCCAGAAGUAAUGGACGAAGAACGUGUCAUAAUGUGAAGUAUCAGCACCGCUACAAGUCCAGCAAAAAUCGAAGCGCGUACUUUUUAAUAUGGCUACUCCAGAGACGAGGCAAUACCGACGGGCCACGAUGAUAAUCAAACAAGAGCAGGACGACGACUCCGACGCGGAGGAGUCGACUAUUUCGUUUAAGAAAUCGGACGGACGCGAGUCGCAGAUCAUCCACAGCGGUCAUUUUAUGGUCUCUUCUCCUCAUACCGAUCACCCCCCAAAGAAAGGUUACGACUUCGACACCGUAAAUAAACAAACCUGCCAGACGUAUCACUUCGGGAAGACUAGCACGUCCCAUCUGUCUAUUGAUGCUUCCCUGACGAAGCUCUUUGAGUGCAUGACGCUGGCCUACAGUGGAAGGUUGGUGUCACCAAAAUGGAAGAAUUUCAAAGGCCUCAAGCUGCUGUGGAGAGACAAGAUUCGCCUCAACAACGCUAUUUGGAGAGCCUGGUAUAUACAAUAUGUAGAGAAGCGACAGAACCCUGUUUGCCAUUUUGUCACUCCUUUGGAUGGCAAUAUGGACUCAGGAGUACAUCGACCAACAGAGGCAAUAGCAACAGAAGGAAAGUACUGGAAAAGGAGAAUUGAAAUUGUCAUCAGAGAAUAUCAUAAAUGGAGAACAUAUUUCAAGAAAAGAUUACAGAAGCACAAAGAUGAAGACCUGUCCAGCCUUCUUAAGGGCGCGGAGGAACAGUUUUUACUCUUUGGGGAAGUGUGUCCAGACACCUGCCGUGUCCUCUUGUGCCAGGAUGAGGAUGUCAGUGUGGGAGGCCGUCGUAGGUCCCGCAAGAGUCUUGAUUCACCUGUUCCAAUGGAGAUGGACUCGCUCUUCGACAUGGACGUGCUCAUGUCUGAAUUCUCAGACACACUCUUUUCCACACUGGCCUCUCAUCAACCUGUAGCAUGGCCCAAUCCGAGGGAGAUUGCCCAUGCAGGUAAUGCAGAUAUGAUCCAGCCAGGCCUCAUCCCACUCCAGCCCAAUCUGGACUUCAUGGACACUUUUGAGCCGCUGCAAGAUUUGUUUCACACCCUGCGUCAGCCAGCCUUCCCCUCCACUUCCCCCACUGCCCCAUCUGUCACUCCCUUAACCAGCAGCAGCUCCCAAACACAGGCUCCUUUGCUGUCAUCCAUGCGGCUCUCCACAGAGCUUCCCUCUGUGCCACUGGACUACCGCCUCAUCCCCUCUGCUCCUUUGCCCAGCCACCUCUCAGUCUCCAGCCAGGACAAUGGUAACGCUGGUGGCCCAUCCUACCCACAAACCUACAUGCCUCUUUUCUCAGAGCAAGUGACCCCCUCCGUCCCAUCACUCCUGCCACCGCCAGCUCCUCCUCUCCCACCGGCCCCACAACCUCUCCAGUGUGGAGGUGUUUCUGCAGUUACUACAGUCCCCCAGCCGGUCCCAAGCAUCCCAUCUCCAUCCGUAAUAACACACACUACCCCUUCCACAGUAACUCCCACUGAUGCAGCCACUACCUUCAGUCACAGAACAAGCUUUGAGCUGCCCCCUGCACCAUCUCCACAGCCUGCAGCCUCAACCUCUGCCUCACUCAACUCACAGCCAGUCAACUUUGCCUUGCCCAAAUCCAUUCUGCCCACUGUCUCUAGCAAAAAGGCCAGACAUCCACAGAGACCGAUUGUCCCAGCCAAUCCGCUGCCAUCUCAACUCAUACUCACAGGUCCCACCAGUGCUGUCAUUGUCACUCCGUCCCCUCUCAACUCUGAUGUUGUCCCCACCACUGGUAUGGUCAUUGCCUCCUCCAGUAUUCCUUGUGGUUCUGCUGGUUUUCAUAUUCUCCCUCAGACACAGAAGUCGCCGCAACUAAUCAUACCCAAAGAAGAAACUACCACAACUAUGUCCAACAAGACAGCAGUGCAAUCAACAAGUACAGUACAUGACGGUCGAGUCUCAGGCCAAGGUUCACCAUUGGGAGCAGAACAGGUACCGAGCCCCCAGUCACCUCUCAACCCCAGUGCAGGCAUGGGCAAAAAUGAAGCCAGCCAGGGGGAACUAACAACUCUCUUAACUGGCCAACUGAGCAAGAGCCGCAGAGUGAAUCACAUAUCUGCUGAGCAGAAGAGGCGAUUCACCAUAAAUGCCUGCUUCAAGACGUUGUGCAAUCUUGUGCCGACUCUCAGGUCUCAAUCAAAUAUUAGUAAUGCUGCAACACUUCAAAAAACAGUUGAUUACAUUGGCAAACUGCAACUAGAGAGACAACAGAUGCAGGAAGAGACCAAGAGACUGCGAGAGGAGAUUGAGGAGCUUAAUACAUCUAUAAGCUUGUGCCAGGAACAGCUUCCUGAUACAGGGGUUCCCAUCACACGCCAUCGCUUUGACCACAUGAGGGAGAAGUUUGAUGACUAUGUGAAGAACAGAACUCUUCAGAACUGGAAAUUCUGGAUCUUUAGCGUCAUUAUUCAGCCUCUGUUUGAGUCCUUUAAUGGAACAGUGUCUACAACCAACAACAAAGAGUUGUGUGAAACCACCAUGCAGUGGCUGGAUCGGUACUGUUCCCUCCCAGUCCUCAGACCUAUGGUACUCAGGACGUUACGACAGCUCUGUACCAGCACCUCCAUCUUGACCGAUCCCUCACUUUUGCCUGAGGAAGCUAAAAAGGCUGCUCUCAACCCCAAAAAACAUUCCUCAGGAUCAUAGGCUCAAUGUGAUUUUAGUUUUUAUUAGCUGAGGCAUGUCAGUCUUGAAGGAGUCUUGACAGCAACACUGUGGUGAAGUCUUUACUUUGUUGUUACUCACUGAACUCAUUUAACUCCACUCAAACUGGUGGAAAUGCAAGAGAACUGCUUGAUUGUUUGCUUUAAAUCUGUUCAUAGAAGUGUUGUGGGCAUGAAAUGGUGAUCUCAACGUACAUGGUCAAACCCCUUUUGUAUGUUUCUCUUAUGUACAGGAAUGAUACUUCAUAGAAGUGGUCACUUAGCAUUUAUCUAAACGGGACAGUCUUUAAAAGAGCAAGCCCCCUUUUCAACAUUUGAACAUUUUAUUUGAAAAUAACAAAGCAAAGGCAAUCUCUCUUGUUUACAUGCAGCCUCUAGAGAGCCAUACGGCUGGCGUGUCUUUGUGUUUCUCAGACUUCAUUACGUUUCACUAGAGCUGUUGCCUUUAGACUUGUGGAUUUUACCUCUCAGGGUGUUUAUUUUCGUAUAUUUGGGUGUCUUCAAUAUUAGUGCUCUUAUUUUGAAUAUUUAGUGGAGCCUCACCCUCAGUUCAUCCAAGAACUCUACAGCACCACUUAACAAAUACCAGGAUCAAGACUGGCUUUUUGAAGUGCAUGGACAUGUAAAAAGUAUGAGUUAAAAUUUACAAAUAGAACUACAACCACACAUUUAUAUUCUUAUGAUAAGGCACAUUUGUUGUGCCUUAACUCAAGUAGAGCUAUAGAAGAAAAGGUUGAGCUAUAGAAGAAAGCAGCCCAGUGAGUUGUGCACUGUGUAGUUUUAGUUUUUUUGCUGUAGGCCAGGGGUCACCAAAGUUGUUCCUGAGGGCCGGUGUCCUGCAGAGUUUAGCUCCAAUCUUAAUCAAACACACCUGAACCAGCUAAUCAAGGUCUUGCUUGGUAUACUUGAAACUUCAAGGAAAAUUUUGAGGCAAGUUAGAGCUAAACUCUGCAUGACACCGGCCCUCCAGGAACAACUUUGGUGACCCCUGCUAUAGGCUGUUAUUUUAGGCAUAUAAUGAUCAAAAAAAUAAAAAACUUUUAAUACCAUUUAAUAGGCCUUUCAAGAGCAUUUUAUUUUUUUUCCUUGGAGGAUGUCAGCCACCUGAGUAUUACAGUUCACCUUAAAUGGCCACAGGUCUGAAAUGUAAGGACAUGCAUCUAUUGUUACACACAGUGUUUUUCACAGUGUGCUUUGAAUGUUGAUUUGCGCUCUGUUUUGUUUCUGCAAAAACUGAAUGAACCUUUCCAACUCUGGACUGUUCCCAGUAAUAAAUGAUUUUGCAUUCA